AUGACAGACAAUACAUAUCCUACUAUAAACUGGAUAACUAAAAAGGAAGUUAAUGAUUUAGUUGAAGCUUUCAUUCAAAGUAGAUCUAAAAAAUAUCAAGCCAAGGUAUUAAUUUCAAUGAAUACAUAUGAAGAUAUAAUUCAAGUAUUAAGACAAAAGCCAGCUUAUUGCACUUUUAGUACAGCUAAAUUUAGAUACUGGGCUCGAAAAAAGUUUGCAUUAAUAGUUACAGAUGGAAAGCAAGUGGUUUGUUUAAAGAAAGUUGAUCAAACUAUUGGAAAACCAGUAUGCGUUAAAGAAGAGAUAUUCGACGUUAUUUCAAAAGCCCAUGCAGAUUGUGAUCAUAAAGGACGAGAUAUUACCUAUGAAAAUGUUAAGAGAAUGAAGUCUUAUCUCCCAAAGGAAUUAUGUGACAUGAUAAUUAAGAAAUGCUAUUUUUGUAAUGAAAGAAAGGCGCGUUCUUCUUUAACUUCUAAUGAUAAUGAAAGUGAUUUUAAAGAAAUUAUCGAUUUUUAUUUAACGAUUUAAAUCAAGGCGUAAAAAAAAAAGAAAAGAGAGAGAAAGAGAGAGAGAAUGCAGUGCAAUGCAAAGAUAGUUUCACUUAUUGCUAUUUAACCUUUUAAAUAUGAUUACAUAAUAUAACAUAUAGAAUUGCUAUAUAAUAUCUAC